AUGCAAGACCUUGAGAUCAAUCAAAAGGGUGUCGAAAUGGAAUCAUGGAAAGUCUUGGGAACCACUCCUGUCCUUAACGAUUUCAAGCUAUUCCCAAACCUUCCACUUGAAUUGCGCCAAUCGGUAUUCGCCAUUGCCGUCAGUGAUCUACCCCCCAGGAAUAUCGAAGUGAUCCGCACAUGUAACCAUUCGCCUCACGAGAGCAUCACUGUGGCUUCAUACACUAUUCCGGCACUGCUGCACGCGUGCAAAGAGUCUCGAGAGGAAGCGAUAAAGACAUACAAAUUGUGCUUUGAAAAACGUCUCAAGAAUGGAGCAAUCUAUUUCAACUUCGAAAAGGACAGAAUCGCCUUCUCAGACUUCAAAACCAUGUAUUUUUUCCUCUCUAUGGAUUCUGGUCCGAAAGAUCCCACGAUGCUGGUUGCUGAUCAUAAGGAGGCGUUUGACAAUCUGCAGCAUGUCGUUGUGGCCACAGAUCCCAAUACCUUCGCUGAGAUUUUCCGAUACUUAGAAAAGCUGCGUAAGCUGUGGCUCGGCCCAGUUUGCAUCUACAUCUUCCCAAAUCAAGUUCCUACUGGCUUCAUCGAUUUGUACGAUCGGAAGCUCAACCAGGAGGCUACGGCUACCGGUGAAGAAUGUUAUGAGCGACACAAGCAAACUAUGCAAGGCGUGCCAACAGUAAUUAAUCUCACAUUCAAGGAUGUAAAUAAAGUUAUGGAAGAUUGGGACUUUUGGUAA